AUGGUCUCCACUCUUGGGAAGAACAUAUCGGUCUCUAGGAUAAAUCGCUUGCUUCGUCCUCUGCGCAACAAAUGUGCGAACCUGGCGUCUCUGGCGUCGUCCUCUUCUUCAAAUGCGUCUCUCGUAACAUAUGGCUCCCGUUCUGCCACCGGCACUCCUGAUGAACAUCCUCCGCUCGCCUUACUCUUAUCACCCAAAGCCCUCGCAUCCCGCGCGCACUUGGAUCACCACAGCCUGGAGAACCUCGAACUCUCGCGGAGGGUCUACGCCGUCUUGGACACGUUCAAGAACGUGCUCCAAGCCCAUUUUGGAUCAGAGUCUGUUGGAAAAGAGGUGAAAAUCAUGAGCUUGACGGACAUAUGCGCUGCGGUCGUAGGGGAAUCUAUUCAAGACGAUAUCGAGCUCAGUUUGUACGAGGACAGGGACGAGAGCUACGAUGUGGACGAGGACGCGGAGAUGGCGAUCAUGAACGAAUGUUACGAGGCAGUCUCUGAACAAUAUCGCGGAUGGACAUUGGUUUCCCAUGCUCUUUCCAUAGUCAUGAAGAAUUGUCCUCACCAGCCAACACUCGUAUCGUGUCUUCUUGACAUGUCGCUCUCAUACAAUUUGCCUCGAGAGUCCAAAAUUAUUCUUCGUGCUCUUCUUGCGACCGCAAUUUGUGCUGGUCGCCCUUCCGCCUCGCGCCCUAUCUGCCAUCCAGCCCACUCGUCCUACUUGAGGGAACUCUGCAUAAAGUGGACAUCAUCCAAUCUGAGCAAGGACCAAGGCUCUCACCAACCUUCUCAUUACACCGAAACCGGCUUUGUUACGAUCCUGGUUGAUGUUCUCGUGGAAAUGGGAUCUGCGGAUGUGUGGAAUAGCAGGGCAGUAUCCAGACUGGGCCGACACAUGCAGGCCACCGAUUUUCCCGCCUUCGUACAGCUUCUUUGCGGAUUGGCGGAGGUUAUCAGUCGACAAAGUCGUCGGAAGAGGAUGAAGCGGAAGCGUGGAAAGGUUCCGGAUGGAGAGUUCGAAGCCGAAAAUAUUCAGCUAUGUGAUAGGUUGUCCCGAUGGACUACGGGGCUCCACAGCCGUGUUGUUCUUCUCGACUUGGAUGAUGACCUGCUCCUGCCGGCACAGCACGACGAGUUUGCGUCUAUCGUCGACUAUCUUGUUACCUCCCGUGCGCUUGGUAUCCAUCUUUGUGACGAUGAUGCUCACUCCGAAUCGCCAUUCCGGGAGGUUCAAGAUGUCCUAGCUUGUUUGGCGACGCAGUGUCUCGCAUCUCCACACUUAGGUUCGCGCAGCGCUCAUGAUGUCGAAGAGCUCGUGAGCUUGCUCAAGGAUGCUCACCCUGUCACAAGCACCUACGACGACCUUGUCAUUGCAACCUUUGCCCCCGAAGAGCCUGCUGGUUCUCCUGCCAGGCCAGUUGACCGAUCUCUGCUCGGUGCGAUGCGAUCUCUACGAAGGUAUGCAUCGGCUCUUCAUGAGCACGACCUUCGUGCUUUGGAAGCUUCUUUCUGGGCGUGCGCACUGCGCCACUUUGAGCGCGAUGUGUCCGUCUCGUCUGCUGCUGGCGGUCGUGAAAACGAACGUAUCCGGUACGAGCUUAUGGACGAGGUCAACACGGCGGAGCGAAGAUUCUACGGAUCUAGGUCUUCGAGACAUGGUUCGUCUUCAAAUGAGAGCGAGGAUACUGGAGAAGAAUUAGAAGGAAGCGAGUGGGAGUGGGAGGAUCUAUUCGGGUGCUGGGUGCGCAAGUCACCGCCAGCGAAACAGCGGGAGAUGGCUCCGAACGUCCGCCCGCAGACAAGGUUAUCUAUGGGAUCGCAACCGCUGAGAGCGCCGGCUCUAAUCCGGACUACUUCCGCUUCAGCACCCCCUCGAACUGCUGUUGCACGCAGGAGCGUCCCUGUGAAGUCGACAUCCUCCCUAAAACCUGUUUCAAGGACAUCAACUUCCACAUCUACAUCGGCUACUAUCUCUAUCUCUAGCGACUCGUCCACCCACUCGAGGUCUCUAUCUCCCGACACUGAAGUCUCUUUAGACGAGGACGAAGACGAGGAGGACGAGGAUGAUAGCUACGAGGACUUUGACGAGAUCCUCGCACCUAAGAAGCCGCGGCGAGAGUGGAAUUUUAGGACGCUGGUGGCGGACGCGCAGAAAAAUGUAAUCAACCUCAGAGAGGAAAAGGCGGCGGAGAGGGCCGCUGCCGCGCGACGAGCGGCUUCGCAGACUUGGAAUCUUGGAAGGGGUGUGGGUCGCGACAAGAUGCGCCGCCAGAGCGCACAAAAUAUGCCUGAAGAGCCUUCUUCGGAUGAUGUGUUGGACCUUUUGGCGUAG